AUGCUAAUCCGCACGGCGGACGGACUCCUGCUGCACCAUCCCCACUCACUCAAUACUCAGCAAGGAUUGAGCAAUUGCAUUCGACGGCAACGAAGGCAUCCCUUUCGGGAAAGAAUAAAUGAUUGGUGGGCUGAUCAUCUUGUAAGCAAGGCCAAUUUCGUGGAAGCUGCUGCUCCAUCCCUUUCCUCGGAUGACGAAGAGGAGUUUCUCAUUUUAAAGCCGCCUGUUGAGGUGGAUUCUAAAUUCCAGCUUCCCCAGAAGGGCCCAGAGGUUAAUUAUUGA